AUGUCCAUAGCCAUUUGCUCAAAUACCCCUGGAGCAUAUCCUGAAAUCGGAGCUUGUAGUGGAAUGGAUGAUCAUCUCGAAUCAAGUCAGUUCUCCACCGGCUCCUCUUUGGCGUUGAAUGAACCAGAUGCCGAUCAAUAUUGGUCGUCUGCUUCCUCCAAUAUGACACACCAAAGUAACAUAUACACGAAUAGCAGAAAGGAAGAUUUGCCUAAUUCGAACAAUUCUCUGUCAGAGUCUCCAAUGGAUGACGAAGGUGGCGAACAAAUUGCUCCUGCUGUUGGUGGGGACACGAUGGCUAGCGAUCCUUCGCCUUCCUUAGUCGAAAAAUACAAUACAUUCCCCACAAAAAGUAUUCUCUCUGAAGGAAGAGAGUUUGCUGAUGAUAUUCCUUCGUCCCCAGAGGGGAAAUCACGAGUAUCUUUUGAAACUGAUAUUUCCUCUGAAAUUUCAGAUAGCACGGCGCCACAGAGAAACUCAGUGUUUGACGACUUCGUCGAGCCACCUCCCUCUCAUAAUCAAUCCGUCGCUCUCUCUUUUGGUCAGUCAAACGACUUGGAUUUUUUGAACAACCCAAGCGGAUCGGGUUCUUCAAAUGACGUCAACAGAAGUUCAAGUUCGCUAUCCCUUCCUAAAAAUGCGUCGUUGGAUUUUGAUGUUGGCAAUAGUUCAUGUUUCACAAACGAGGUGGUUGCAUCGGAAUCACACAAGGUGGCUAAAUUUCAUCUUGGCGAGAGAAAUAAAAAAAGCUUACUAACAAGAUGGAAAACCAUUGAAAUGUAUGGUGAGGCUGUUAAGAAAACCCAUGAUAUAUAUUCCAACUUUCAAUAUGCGCAGUACAUCUUAAAGAUAGGUUUGGAUAUGGAAAAACUACAAGAAUUGGUCAAGGAACAAGAUGGUGAGAGUGAUUCCUCCAUAGUUGAUUCUUUAAAAGAAUCAUUACUGAACGACGCGAAAAUAAUAUUAAAGAAAUUGAGUGCCGUUGGAUAUCCAGAUGCUCAGUACCUUUUAGGUGAUGCUUACUCCUCUGGUAUCUUUGGUAAAAUAAAGAACAGAAGGGCUUUCCUUUUGUUCUCAGCUGCAGCCAAGAGACUACACAUUGAAAGUAUUUACAGAACGGCUAUCUGUUAUGAGUGCGGGUUGGGCGUAACAAGAAAUGCGUCCAAGGCAGUUAACUUCUUGACCUUUGCGGCAAUUAAAAAUCACCCUGCCGCAAUGUACAAAUUAGGCGUAUAUUCAUAUCAUGGUUUGAUGGGUCUUCCCGAGGAUAUUCUAACAAAAUUGGAUGGUUAUAGAUGGUUGCGAAGGGCUACAUCUAUGGCAAACAGCCUGAUCUGUGGUGCCCCUUACGAGUUAGCCAAUAUCUAUAUGACAGGAUUCAAAGAUCUUAUUAUUUCUGAUCCAGAUUAUGCAAUGGUGCUAUAUAAGAAGGCAGCUGUUUUAGGGCAUGCGGAAUCAGCAAGAUUAUUGGCAGAAGCCCGCAGAAAUGUUGGAAUUGUUCCAUUUAGACAUCCUGGACCAGUACAGAAGUAUUGUAAGACCUCCGAUGAGGUUGUGGCGUUUAGAAAAUUGAUCUAA